UUUCCCCUAGUACAUCUUUCUGUGUAGUGAUGCAUGAUUUGAAAGCAUUCAUUGACUUAAGAGUUACUUUUGAUGAAUACCUCGAAGCUCGAAAGAAGAAAAUGGAAGAAGCUCUUAGCAGCUUUGAUUUCAAAGAAGUUGCAGCUUCGCUUUCUGAUGCCAUCGCACCAACAUUGACUCAACACCAGUCUAGUGGGUUUUCACCACAUGAUUUGUUGACUGAAUUGUUUGAGAGAAUGAAAACCUUACCCAAAGCUGAAGUCACCAAUAUAUUCUUCAGAGCUAUUGCAGUUGCCUUGCUGAGAGGUAACAUAAGGAAAGAUAAAUUGGAGAGAACUAGUGAUACUGGUAAAGCAACUAUCAAAAGAGUUGCUGCAACUCUAGGGAUUGAAAUCAGAGACAAGUGUCAAAAAAAGCUUGUUCUAACUAACAAAACUUUGACUUUCUCAAGAAUGAUAGCUCUUUUCCCUCAUUUGGCUUUUGUCAAAAAGUUUGCUUCUUUCAUUAAUGCCAAGUUUCCUGCUCAAACUCACAAGCUUCCUAUUGCUAUGCUUCACUCUGGAUUUGCUGGUCUGAUUCCAAGAGAAAGUGAUGAUAUAGAAAUCAUAGACCUCAUUUGCAUUUGUCACUCUGCUUUUCAUGCAUUGUACAAGAAUCAGAAAAGAUAUACCGAGGCUGCUCGGAAAUUUGGAUUGAUUCCUGAUGAAGAUAGGAUCGUUUACCUUUUGGCUUUUGGGUUGUUGUCUUCUGAUAGUCUUGAUAAGAUGUUGAAAGUUGCUGCAAGGGUUUCAACUUUGAGUGGAAGGCGUGUUACAAGAAGCAGCUUUACGAUCGUUGAAGAUCGGGUCAAGAUUGUAAAAGAUGAUGCAAAGUGGCAGGAGCUAUUGAAAAAGACCAAGUCAAUAGUUGAUGCUUCAAGUUCAAUGAGGUCUCAGGUUGCUGCUGUUGACUCCUUAGAUGGAGUUUGAUUUAAUGAUUUUUCUCCCUUUAGCUUCUUUCUUUUGUUUCGUUUCAUCUGUUUUUAAGUUUUAGACCUUCUUUAUUUUCAGUUCUAAAACUCAUUUCUUUAACCAGAUUAAUGUUAAUGUUCUUACACAA